CAAUAAAAUAAUGUCCGUUGUGUUUCUGACCGUUGGGGGCCACAAAAUAUAUAUUUGAAUUUGUAUUCUCCAUUUCUUCCCAUUGAUUUAUUCCUUCAUACAUUGCUGUGGUCUAACAGAUAUUUGAAAUCUGCAAUUUACAGGCUUUCACUAUCUUCAUUGGCUUCGGCAAUUGGCGAUCUGAUAUCUUGUAUUGGCGAACAAAUUUCUGAUAAUUGUGGUGAUCAUAGUUUUGAUAACUGUGGCGAGCAAAUUAAGUACCCAUAUUUUUAUGUACUGUAGUUUUUAAGAAAAAAAUUCUAACGUUUCUGAGUGUUUUCUUUGUAGUAUUUUCCCUGUAUUCUUUGUUUUUUGUGUAUGUUUCUUCCUUCUUUUGUAGUACAGGUUUCUUUAUCUAGAAAUGGCCUACGAAUCUCCUCACCCGAUGAGCGUCAGGAGGCAAUCCAGGAUCAGGCUCCCUCUGCAAGAACAUCUCACAAUCGGAAGGCAGAAUAGUGAUCGAUUCAUUGCCCACAGGGGCUCUAUGGAUUUUGAUGUUGCUCGAUAUCUGUUAACUGAAAAGGAGAAGGAGAACAAUGCAGGUGAUACUCCAUCCAAGGAAACAUACAAGAAGGAGCUUGCAGCAAGCUUGUUGGAGGACAGUAAUGUAGGCUGCAAAAAAUCUAGAAUCCUGACCUUCAAAGAAAAAGCCCCUGUUCGUCAGGAGAGUUUCCAAGGUCUCUUUUCAGAAUGUGCUUCUACUGGUUCUGUGCUCAAAUCCACCAAACAUCGCCGUUACAUACCUCAAUCUUCAGAGAGAACUUUGGAUGCCCCAGAUCUUGUAGAUGAUUAUUAUUUGAAUCUGCUGGAUUGGAGUAUCAGCAAUGUUUUAUCCAUCGCCCUUACAAAUACAGUUUACUUAUGGGAUGCCACUCAAAGCACUACUUCUGAGCUGUUAACCGUUGAUGAUGAUGUCGGUCCCAUUACUAGUGUUAAUUGGGCAAAUGAUGGUAGACAUAUUGCUGUUGGGUUGACAAAUUCUGUUGUACAGCUAUGGGAUUCUUCAAGUAAUAAACAGUUAAGAGCUUUGAAAGGUCAUACUGCGCGUGUAGGUUCCCUUUCUUGGAAUGGUCACAUUCUUACAACUGGUUCUCUAGAUGGUUUAAUAAAUAAUCAUGAUGUCCGUAUCCGUGAUUCCAUUGUUCAAACAUUCAGAGGCCAUGAGCAGGAGGUUUGUGGAUUGAAAUGGUCUCUUUCUGGCCAACAGCUUGCAAGUGGAGGGAAUGACAACCUACUGCAUAUUUGGGACAGAAGCAUGUCAUCCUCUAAUGGUGCAACUCGGUACCUUCAUAGGUUACAUGAGCAUCGAGCUGCAGUUAAAGCCUUGUCAUGGUGCCCCUUCCAAAGCAAUCUAUUGGCAUCUGGUGGAGGUAGUGCAGACAAGUGUAUUAAGUUCUGGAACACUCAUACAGGAGCAUGCCUGAAUACAAUUGACACCAACUCUCAAGUUUGUGCAUUGUUGUGGAAUAAGCAUGAGCGCGAGCUACUCAGUUCCCAUGGGUUUAGCCAAAACCAAUUGACCUUGUGGAAAUACCCCUCAAUGGUGAAAAUUGCAGAGCUGACAGGGCAUACUUCGAGAGUACUGCAUCUUGCAGAGAGUCCAGAUGGCUAUACAGUUGCAUCAGCUGCUGGAGAUGAGACACUAAGGUUUUGGCAGGUGUUCGGAACUCCUGAUACCUUAAAGAGGACUAAGAGCAAAGAGCCAGCUGAUGCAUUCAACAAGUUUCUUACUCACAUUCGCUAAGCAGCUGCUACACCAGAUGGAGUAUGGAGGAGGAAUGUUGCUUGCCCAUGCCUGUGAUAAGGGAGCACUAAAGAAGUGGUUCGAGAGAAUGUUGAUGAGAGAUGUUGAACUGGUUAUAACAGCAGACAAGUUGAGUCAUGGAGGUGUACUUUUCAGUUAGAUAAUGCUUAUAGGCUUUCAGAUCAUUUGAGGCUUAGGGGACGAGAAUCAGUCUGAUAACAUGCAUCCCUGGAGUACCUUAAAAAUCCCAGUAAGAACUCAAUAACUGAUUUCUUCUUGGCAUAUUCUUUGGAGUGGUUGGAUAGUUACAGCAGCAGGCAAGUUGAGUACUCAGGGUUAUAUACAGAGAUGCACUUUUCAGCUGAUUUGCUAUACUGUUGGGAAGCAUUAUAGAGUAGACUGUGUUUUCAGAUACCUAUCUCAUCGAAAGUUUAUGCUUCAACAAUCAUGGAGGAUGUUUUUGGAUAUUAACUACCUUAAAAAUCCCAGUAAGAACUCAAUAACUGAUUUCUUCUUGACAUAUUCUUUCGAGUGGUUGGAUGGUUACAGCAGCAGGCAAGUUGAGUACUCAGGGUUAUAUACAGAGAUGCACUUUUCAGCUGAUUUGCUAUACUGUUGGGAAGAAUUAUAGAGUUAGACUGUGUUUUCAGAUACCUAUCUCAUCGAACGUUUAUGCUUCAACAAUCAUGGAGGAUGUUUUUGGAUAUUAAUUAUUUUGGUGCAUAUUGAUUAUCCUACUUUUAGGAUGUUGAAAUAAAAACAAUCCCAGUAAGAACUCAAUAACUGAUUUCUUCUUGACAUAUCCUUUCGAGUGGUUGGAUGGUUACAGCAGCAGGCAUGUUGAGUCAAGUUGAGUACUCAGGGUUAUUAUAUACAGAGAUGCACUUUUCAGCUGAUUUGCUAUACUGUUGGGAAGAAUUAUAGAGUUAGACUGUGUUUUCAGAUACCUAUCUCAUCGAAAGUUUAUGCUUCAACAAUCAUGGAGGAUGUUUCUGGAUAUUAAUUAUUUUUGUUUUGUUGAAGAUGGAGUUGCUUUCUUUGGCACCUAGCUUAUAUAUUGUCGAAUAUUUGUUGUAUUAUUCAUUGUAGAAGGAGGACACGGUGAUUGUUACAGAGCUGUUAUACUGGUUGUGUUUCUCCAUAGAAGAGCAAGAUGUAGUCUCCAUGUUAAGGCUAUAUGAGCCCGCAAAUGUAUUGUAACUUAUAUGUGGCAGGUUAAUACAUUGGUUCGCUGCUUUGGAGAGUGGGGUUUUUUACCUGAAAAGGUUUUCCCCAUAUAUAUUGAUGUUUUUCUCUUC